AUGCGUGUGGCUACAGUCUUUCGUGUUGACAGAUCCACAAUUAAAUCAGAUAGAGUUCGACAAGGAUGGCGAUCGAUCAUGCGAGAAUUUGCUCUCAACACAUCAACUCACGGUAUUCCAGGUAUUGCACGAAGCCAAAGUAAAAAAAAUCGAAUGUUCUGGUCACUAUCGUUUCUCGUCUUCAGUGGGAUUACAUUGUACUUUGUCAUUCAAACUAUUCGCGAAUACUUUCAAUAUUCUACGCAGACGUCUGUAAAUUUAGUAAGCGAAUGGCCACAAAAUUUUCCUGCGUUUACAAUUUGUAACGUCGCACAGAUUCGUUAUGAUCAAUUUAUUGAACCUUUUCUAAAUUAUACAAAUACAUUGAAUAUUACUAAUACAACCGAUACAAGUUCAUUUUCAUUAUUGCAAAGUCAAUAUGUCAAGGAAUUUUUUCGAAUCAAAAUCAAUCAAAAUGAAUCAAUAAUUAAGUUCUUUUUUCCUCUGAGUGCCAUGCUCAUUAAGUGUGUCUUUAAUGAUAGGAUUUGUUCAACAUCCGAUUUCACUUAUUUUCUUUCGUCUUCGCAUGGCCUCUGUUACACGUUCAAUGCUAAAUUGAAGAAUAUGACGAAUGUACGUAAAAGUGAUGAAUAUGGUGGACCUGGCAAACUCGAACUUAGUUUAUAUGCACACAGCCAUCAAUAUAUUCCUUAUGCUAGAGAAGAUAUUGGAAUGAUAGCGAUGGUACACGAUAAUGGACAAUUUCCUAUGAUUGAAUUUGCUGGUAGAGCAUUAGUUACCGGUUUUAAACAUCGAAUGACAUUUUCAAAGAAAAGUAUUUUCUAUUUGAGUGCCCCGUAUUCAACGUGUAAUGAUGAAAUACCAUUGAUUAUGCAAACAAUGUUUGAUAACUAUCCUAACGUGGAAUAUAGCUAUUCAGAAGACUUAUGCUAUGAUUUAUGUACCGAAGUUUACACGUAUGGCAUAUGCGGCUGCAUCGAUCCAAAGCAAUGGAAUGCUCGUUCAAUUGUUUUGCCAAGGACUAAAACAAUAAUUGUAGCUCCAUUAUGUAAUCUAUCUGAUACAUGCUAUUCGAACGCAUCCAUUACUCUGAGCAGUUUAUCAAGUUUACUUACAGAAUAUUGUCCAUAUUGUUCACAGCAAUGUUCAAUUACGGAUUUUAUUGUCAAAGCAUCGAUGUGGAAAGCACCAGCCUAUUGGUUAACGAAUGAUAUAAAACAUUUCGUUGAAAACUCUGAAAUUCUAUUACCAAAUGAUUGGUCAACGGAUUGGCAGAGACAUAUUCAGACUAAUUAUCUUUCUAUUGAAUUAGUGCAUGAAUCAAUUUUAGUCGAAAAUUAUACACAAAUACCAGCGAUGGGACCCAUCAAUGUUCUAUCGGAUGUCGGUGGUCAGACAGGUCUUUGGAUUGGAAUCAGUUUUUUAUCUUUGGUGGAAGUAGCAGAAAUGUUCUAUCGAUUAAUUCGAUAUCAGUAUUAUGUAAUUCGACGUAGCAUAAGGAAAUACUUUGUACAAAAAUAA